AUCGCGGACGAGUGUUCACACAAACUAGUUCCGGGUAACAGCCUGGUGGCUAACAUUAGCUGAAACUGAAACGCAGUCCGUCACUCCACAUUCUACAACAAAGUGGGUUAACAGAACUUACCAAACAGAAUGGACGGUGAAGAGAGAACCUACGGUGGCUGUGAAGGGCCAGAUGCCAUGUAUGUGAAGCUGAUCUCUUCAGAUGGCCAUGAAUUUAUUGUGAAAAGAGAACAUGCUUUGACAUCUGGGACUAUCAAAGCCAUGUUAAGCGGACCAGGACAGUUUGCUGAAAAUGAAACCAACGAAGUGAACUUCAGGGAGAUUCCCUCUCACGUCCUGUCCAAGGUCUGCAUGUACUUCACCUACAAGGUCCGUUACACCAACAGCUCCACAGAAAUACCUGAAUUCCCCAUCGCUCCGGAGAUCGCACUGGAACUGCUCAUGGCUGCAAACUUUUUGGAUUGUUAAAGUUACAGAAACAACUUUGAAGCUUAAAACAUUUUUAGAAUUUUUUUUUUUGAAUAUUUAAAUUGUUUUGCCAUUUACUUAUAUGAAACCUGAAUAUAAGUAUGUAUGUCACCAUGUUAUACUUCUUUUUGCACCUGGCAUUCUGUCAUAAUUGUAUUAGUAUUAAAAGAUUAAUUUUAAUGUAAUACAUGGAUAUGGCAGGCUGUAUUACUUGCCACAGAAUGUGAUAAAUAUGCCCCCACCCCAUAAAUGUUCCCUCACCUCUCCAGAUUAAUAAAGACCAGUUUGGUGAG